UCUCUCUCUUGAUCGCUUUCUUUUACUAUUGCUUCCUAUUUAACCCUACUCGUUCUCCAUUCUUCCAUUCCUCCAAGCCGUUCCCUUUUUUGCCCUUUUUUUUCUCUCUUCUUCCUCGGGAUUCGACCCGACAACUUGAUCCCAACCCUUUCAGGCGGACGCCUUGUCGGAGAGAACGACAACAUAGUUGGGUUCAAUUCCCGAGGCCAUAAAAAUAUCUACCGUGGUACUUUCGCACUUGUUUCUUUGUUUGUCUUUGUCUUCUUGUCCAAAUUUGGAGUCUCCUUCGAUACUUUAAAGUUGAGAAUCCUGUCGACAUAUUUUGGGAGAAAAAAACAAAAGGUUUUCUCGAUUCUUGCUGGAAGAUUCAAUCAACCCAGAUCUGUGGGUUACAAAGAGCUAGAGAUCUUGGUUGCUUGAUCCGACUCAAGGCCUAAAGCAGGUGACAAUGAAUACAUUUACACAAGUUCCACCAGGCUUUCGCUUCCAUCCCACGGAUGAAGAACUCGUGGACUAUUACCUUAGGAAAAAGAUUACAUCAAGAAGGAUUGACCUAGAUGUCAUUAAAGAUGUGGACCUCUAUAAAAUUGAGCCAUGGGAUCUUCAAGAGUUAUGCAGAAUAGGAACAGAAGAGCAAAAUGAAUGGUAUUUCUUCAGCCAUAAGGAUAAGAAGUAUCCAACUGGAACUCGCACAAAUAGAGCCACUGCAGCUGGGUUUUGGAAAGCAACGGGUAGAGACAAGGCUAUUUAUUCCAAGCAUGACUUGAUUGGGAUGAGGAAGACCUUGGUCUUUUACAAAGGUCGAGCCCCAAAUGGACAAAAGUCAGACUGGAUUAUGCAUGAAUAUCGCCUUGAAACUGAUGAAAAUGGGACUCCACAGGAAGAAGGAUGGGCUGUGUGUAGGGUAUUCAAGAAGAGAAUAGCAACUAUCCGCAAAGUCAGUGAGCAUGAAUCUCCAUGUUGGUAUGAUGAUCAAGUCUCUUUCAUUCCAGAUCUAGAUUCACCAAAGCAAACAUCCCAGUCUAACAUGGCUUACCACAUUCCGUAUUCCUGCAAGAAAGAGCUUGAUUUGCAAUACCAUGUCCCCCAUGAGCAUUACCUCCAGCUACCUCUUCUAGAGAGCCCAAAACUACUCCAGACACCGGCCGGUGCAGUAACCUGCAAUUCCAUGGCUGCAUAUGGCCUAGACAUGAACAAUGCCAGCACUCUACAGUCUUCAACCCUAAGUCAGGAAGAUCAUAUUCAACAAACUCAUGAUCAGCAACACUUGCAUGCGCUCUACGGUAACAGCAGCAAUGCGCAAGCGGUGGAUCAAUUGACAGAUUGGCGCGUUCUUGACAAGUUUGUUGCUUCUCAGCUCAGUCAAGAAGAUGUUGCCAAGGAAAAUAAUUACUUAAGUGCUUCAGCGGCCAAUAAUGUCUUCCAUUCAUCGGAGCAGACGAAUUUGCUCAGCAGACACCUGAACAAGCAAGAAAUGGUACCGGAAAAUGCAUCAACAUCAACAUCCAGUUGUCAGAUUGAUCUGUGGAAGUGACCGGUCCUUUGUUUAAACUUAUUUCGACAGUAUAUAUGGUACUGAUCGUAGGAUAUUCAAUUUCAAAAGAAGAAAAAAAGAGGAAACUUAUGAUUUAAAUUUUCUGUACAUAAUAAAACAUCUAAAAAAAAAAACAGCUUAACUUUAACUGUUGAGCUCCUAGCUCAUAGUAUUAAAUUAAUAGUAUCGAAAAAAUUAGUCAGUGAAAGAAUCUUGUUUCUAGCAAGAAGAAAUAUUGUUAGCUAGGUGGAGUGUUGCUGUGAGGAAUUGAGUUAAUUACAGCAUUGUUGUUUGAUUGUAAAGGCAUUUUAUUAUGGCCUACGGUUCAUGUAUAACAGCCAGAGGCAUUGUUCAUUGAUCGACCUGGCAGUUGAUCAGAUAUAUAUAUACACGUUUAUGUUAAUGAAAUAGUGUU